UUCUUCCCAAACAUGAUACACCAAAAUGAAUCCUGUGGUACAGAACAGAUAUUCAUAUCCUAUUUAAGAUGCAUGCUUUAUGUAUUAGAAGAAUGGACUGGAGUGGAACGCCUGGGAGAAUAUUUGAGUUACCUCAUCUAUCUCAUAUGGCUAUUUAUGCCACUACUCAUAGGAUUUCUGCUUCCACUAGUUUUUCUCCUCCUCUUUUAUAUUUCUGCUAUCAUUGUUCAUAUUUACAAAAGAAGGACAGACAUAAAAGAAGGUCACUUGAAUGAUUUCUGGGAUGGUGCAAGACAAAUGUUGGCAACUAUAUGGUAUGCUCAUGCAAGAAUAUGGAAUGGUUAUGAGGUACAUGGUCUUGAAAAACUACCAGAUGGACCAGCAAUGAUUAUUUUUUAUCAUGGAGCAACUCCCAUAGACUUUUUCUACUUGUUAGCCACUGUUCUUAUCAGGAAAAGAAGAAUCCUCCAUAUAGUUGCUGAUCAUUUUGUAUUUUUAGUUCCAGGUAUACAGUUAUUAAUUAAUGUGUUCCAUGCUCUGCAUGGAUCUCAAGAAGAAUGUAGAAAAGUAUUAGAGAAUGGAGAACUGGUGCUAAUUUCACCAGGGGGAGUACGGGAAGCACUGUUCAGUGAUGAAAAUUAUACUAUUAUGUGGAGAAAUCGCAAAGGAUUUGCUCAAGUGGCCAUUGACGCGAAAGUACCCAUCAUUCCCACGUUCACACGAAAUAUUCGGGAACAUAUUCGAAUAGUUGGAGGACAAAUAAAAUUAUUAAGAUCGAUAUAUGAGUAUCUUCGUUUGCCACUAGUUCUUCUGUAUGGAAACUUUCCAGUUAAACUGCAGACAUAUUUGGGAGAUCCUAUUCCAUAUGAUCCAAACAUAACAGCAGAAGAACUGACCGAAAAAACAAAGGAUGCACUACAAUGUUUAAUAGACAAACAUCAGAAAAUACCAGGAAAUGUGUGGAGAGCCUUGAUAGAACGAGUUUCAACAGAGAAACAAGACAAUGAAUAACUUUGGCAAAUCAUUGUGAAAAUUUUUGAAUGAUAUUUUAAUGUGAUAUAUUAUUUAAGAAUUGUUACAAUAGUUUUUUAUUUGCUGUGCAAAUGUAUAAUUUUACAGAAAACCAGACUUUGAAGAUCAUUGUUACAUGUAUUGCUCAGGAAAGUAAACCUUUCAGUAUAAAUACUUUGUUUUCACAGAAAUAAAACUAUAGUUUAAAAACCACAAUCCUAAUUUGGAAUAAGAUGUAAACAUGAUUUUUAGGCUUUUUGAAAAUGCAUCAAAUAUAUAGCAUAUUUCUAGUACUUCUUAAAUUAAGUGUAAGCUUUAAAUGGAUUGGGACUAAAUUUCGUAUUUUUUUAUAAAACUUGGAUAUUUUUUUUAUUCCAUGUAUUCUCCAAUGUAGUAGAAGUUCUCUUUGAUUCCUCUAUUAAAUCAGACUUGCGCUAAUUCAUUUUUAUGAAAAAUA